AUGGCAAACAUUAAACUGGUCGGUCGUGACGCGGCUCACGCCAGCACGCGGCUCCUCAAGCGGCCCUUCCAGGCAUGCUCCGAGUUGAAGAGCAUCAUGCACGAAUGGCGCCACGGCUCUGACAGCUUUGCCCAGAAAGUCCAGCAUAGCCCUGUGUUGGCCCAAUGGUGGGCUGCUGCCUUGGAAAGUCCUACCAGCGAAGAAUGCGACUUUGGAAGUCUAACAUCUUUAUCUGCGGCGAAGCACCGUUUUUCUUCCUACCUGAACCCUCUGUCCCGCAUUUGCAAGAAUAUGCAGACGGUUUUCAAGGUUUGUUGCCGGCUACAAGCCAUGAGAGGCUCGGAAGCUGGCUGGGCCAUUCAGUUGUGCAGAAAUUUCUCCGGCUUUAAAGCUGUGCUGCUCACGAUGGCAGCUGAUGCCUGCGCCAUCAGCAAUGAUUAUACUCGAGAGUGUGAUCAGGAAGGGACGGACAUUGCUCAGCUCAACUUGCGUGCUCAUCAGUUCAUUUCUUCAGCCAGGGCUUUGUUUGUGGAACGUCAGGUGUGCACCUUGCCGUCAUUUACAAAGGAUUUUUUGUCCAGAAAAGAGCCAGUUCUUGUGCAGCUAGAUGGCUUCGUGUUGGAAGUGCGUGCGACGCCAGCUGACGUCGAAAAGGCUUUUCAAGUCAUGCAAGACCUUCUUUUUGGCUUACACUCACAAGAUUCAAAGCAUUUCUUUCACUGGUUGAUUCAAUUUUACUUAAUUGUCUUGCGUUUCGAACUUGUAUCUGUCCUGCAGGAGUGGACUGCCCUUGCGGAAGAAGUGGUCGCCCAUGAAAUUCCCAGCUGGCAUUUGUUCGCAGCCUUUGAAGUGUUUCACUUGCCAGAUUCCAAGGAGUCUCGCAAGCUGAAUGGCGAAGACUUGGAGCGGAACCUGCAAAGGUUGGCUCAAGCUUUCCAUGUGUCCACGGACCAACUGAAACGAGAGUUCACACAAAUGCAGCCGAUUGCUGCUGCUCUCAAGAAAUCCGCCAGUCACUCGAACCGGGAGGCUUGGAGGCAAGCAGUUUUGCGAGUGGGGCGACGAAGUCCGGCCCAAGCGAAUACCACAGGCGCGCUGCGCACAGUGCUGGCAAGCUACCUGGCUUGGACAGCGUCUAGCAGUGGGGUGGAACAAUUAUUCAGCACCUUGAAGGCUUCGCCCACUGAGCAGUCCAAGUCAAGCGGCGCGGUUUUGGACACAGACAGGCGCACUGCAGUGGCCAUGGGGGACUGUCAGGUUCGAGAGGCAAAGGUCGCCGCAGAAAUCGUUUCAGAAGCUCGGCGCCUGUAUUGCACUUUGCUUCGGUCUGGAAUCUCUCGUACCAAUACCCAGCAACGUUUCGACAAAGGUCGAACAUCCACGACUGGCCGCAAAGGAUCUCACGCUCAGUGGGAUCGGGACAGGAAAGAAUCCUUGGCCACAGCUUUGAAAGAUUUGACCACGCCGCCGCGAGCAGCAACCGCUCCUAUGCGCACAGAGUCUGCUGUAAAGGAGAGAGACUUGCAAAGAAGCAAGGCCUUCAAACGGAAGGCUGAGGCUCUGACUGAUGGCUUGCUUUUGCCCGACGAAGUGACACCGGCUCUUGAAUGCGCAGCCAAAAAAAUGGUGAAGAACAACAAGCAAAACGAUCGUCAGCGGAAGAAGAAACGUCUGGAUUACCUCACGGAGUAUGAGAUGGCUUCCACAAAGAAGCCUUCAGGUUGGGCUUGUGAUGGCUUGCAGGGUCCUGUUUGGUUGGAUCCGCGCUUGGGUGAAAAGACGCAAGCUGUCCAGCAAAAAUUGCACACUCUGGGCGUCACUUCUCAGUCUCAGGACAUGCAGCAGGCAAAGUUGCUGGUCCUUGCGAACUUUGGACAAGUUGGAGACAGUGUCAAGAUCACGGCGGCUCUGCAAGGAGCCGUGGUUCUGUCAGCUGCUGUCCUCUUUGGCAAGGGAGGUGUCAAGCUGACCUUCAACGGGGGUCUCUGCAUUGAGGCUGCAGUGUCUGUGACACAGGAAUUCAAGGUCCUGAAACAGAAUGGCGCGGUGAGCCACGAUGCCCUGCGGAGACAACUGGUGCGGGUCAAUGCGUUGGCUGGAAACUGGCAGAGCCGAUUACUGCCAUACGAACGUAAGCCACAGAAGACAAUCCGCACGGCCUCUGACUGUUCGGGCUACGGCUCAGACCUGAUAGCCUACAAGUUAUUAGGUCUGCAGGGACGUGUGCGUCCUGUGCAGAUGUCGGAAAACGAUUCGGUCAAGGUGGUGUUGCAUGAGGCCGUGGCCAAGGCCUGUGGCUGGCAUGCGCAGCCUGCCACGACGGGCGAUAUGUUUCUAAGGAAACCGGAAGAUAGCAAGGCAUCGGAUGUCUAUGUGGCAGGAUUCCCCUGUCCAUCCUUUUCUCGAUUAGGAAAAGGAAAAGGCAUUAACGACCAAAGAGGUUUCUUGACUUUGAAGGGGAUGGAGCACAUCGCCUUGACAAGGCCUCAGGUCAUUGUCUUGGAGCAGGUGGCCUCAAUUCUCCAAAAGAAGCAUGAGAAGGUUUGGAACUUUGUGCUGAAGACGCUGAAGUCUUUGAAUUAUGAUUAUAUUUACAAGGUCAUGAACACUAGAGAUCACGCCGUGCCUCAAAGCCGGCCGCGGGUGUAUCUUCUGGCUGUGGUGCAAGAAGUUGGACAAGGUACUUUGACAUUGCCAGAGAAACGCACCGUUCCAGUGGACUUGCAUCAUUUCCUGAAGAAGGACCAAGUUGGCACAGAAAUAUUGCGUUUGCCCAAAUAUGAACAUAUGCUGGGGCCACUGACGUGGCAGAAGGGCUUUGUGCUUGAUGUGGGCGCAAGCCCAGGUUGGCAGCAUGUUGUGCGGAAUGCA